AAAUCGGAGAUCUUCGGCGAGUGGCCCCGGCCUGCUCGUGUCUUCUCGGCCGUGCUCGGCUGUUUCCGUGGCGGCCUUCGGGCGUUUCCGGCACCCGCUUCGACCUCCCGACGCGCUCGGCCCUCUCCGCCUUCUCCCGGGGUGCAGCCGCGUGGGGGGGAGGAGGAUGCGCACGCAUCUGGCCAGAGGAGGCGAGGACGGGGCCCAAAGCACCCGCCAGCCCCUGAGUGACCCGAUCCGCUCCUCUGCGUCUCCUCAGCCGUCCUCCCACCCGGACUAGAGUAUGCUUCCCAUGUUCUCUCUCUGCUCCAUCAUCUGGCUGAACCGUGGCUUCAAAUUGCGGGAAAGGGGCUGUACUUAGGUGCUGGGGCUCCCCCUCCCCGUCCCUCGCCACUUGGCCCCGGGGAGCCCCAUGGGGAGUGCCGAGGGAUUCCAGUACCGAGCCCUCUACUCGUACCGCAAGGAGCGGGAGGAGGAUAUCGACCUGCUGCCGGGGGACACCUUGGUGGUCAGCAGGGGGGCCCUGCAAGCCUUGGGCUUCAAGGAUGGGGACGAGCAGACCCCCAACCAGAUCGGCUGGAUCCUGGGCAUCAACGAGCGCACCAAGCAAAAGGGUGACUUCCCGGGCACCUAUGUGGAGUACGUGGGCCCGGUCAAGAUCUCCCUGCCCUCCCACCAGCCCAGGGUGACCCGGCCUCUCCCAGCUGCCCCGGGGGCCGGAGCCUCCCACGUGCCGCCGGAGGUCCUGGAGCAAGGGUUGAUCCUUCCGGAGCACUUCGCCGUCCCCGAGACCACUCCGCCUCUCCUGUGCCGACUGGUGGAAGCCAUCGAGAAGAAGGGGCUCCAGAGCAAGAGGCUGUACCGGACGCCUGGCUCCGAACUGAGGCAGCCGCCGAGCACGGACUGGGCAGGGCCUGGCGACUUGGAGGCCUGUGACGUGCUAUCCCUCGGCGAAGCCCUGAAGAGAUACCUGCAAGAACUGCCGACCCCGGUGGUGCCCGACAGAGUCCACGGCGAGAUCGUGCGAGUGCUGCAGGACUCCAGCCAGCCUGAAUUCAGCCGGGCGCAGCUGCUCUCUGCGCUGGAGCCCCCUGGCCUGCCGCUGCCGCACCUCCUCACCCUCCAGUUCCUCCUGCGCCACCUGGCGAAAGCGGGCGAGCAAGCAGAGAGCAACGGGCUGCAGCCGCGGGUCCUGGGCGAGAUCUUUGGGCCCCUCCUCCUCCGACGGCCCGCAGCAGCAGCAGCAGCAGCAGCCAGGUGCGGGCUCCAGCCUCACCUCACCUCGCCUCCCCCCCCAACCCGGACCACGAAGGACUCUCCUGAGCCUUUGGGUGGGGUGGGGGGUGCGUGCAUCAUUGUAUUGCGGGGGCUGCACUCCCUCUCAGAAGAAGAGGCCGGGGAGGGUGGAUCUCGUUUGGGCCAGGAAGUUGUUGUUGUUGUUGUUCUGCGUCCCUCUGUGGACGGAGUGGCUGUCCUGGUCGCUCCCUUCUGCAUGGACGGGUUUGAGCAGUGCCCGACGCAGGAGAAGUGCAGCCGGGAGUACGUUGAGCGUUUUCGGCGGGAGGGGAAUGACAAGGAGCUGCAGCGGAUCCUGAUGAACUCGGAGAAGCUGAAGUCCCGCAUCUCUGAGAUUCACGAGAGCAAGACGAAGCUGCAGCAAGACCUGAAGCAGCAGGCCUCGGAGAACCGCGAGAUCGACAAGCGCAUGAACAGCCUCAAGCCCGACCUGAUGCAGCUGCGCAAACUCCGGGACCAGUACCUGGUGUGGCUGACCCAGAAGGGAACGCGCCAGAAGAAGAUCAACGAGUGGCUGGGCAUCAGAAACGAGGCCGAGGACCAGUAUUUCACGAUGGAGGACGAGGAGGACUUGCCGCAUCACGAGGAACGGAUGUGGUACGUUGGAAAGAUCAACCGCACUCAGGCCGAGGACAUGCUGGCUGGCAAACGGAGCGGGACCUUCCUCAUCCGGGAGAGCAGCCAGCGUGGCUGUUACGCCUGCUCGGUCGUGGUGGAUGGCGACACCAAGCACUGCAUGAUCUACAAGACAGCCACCGGCUAUGGCUUUGCCGAGCCCUACAACCUCUACGCCUCCCUCAAGGAGCUGGUCCUGCACUACAAGCACACCUCGCUGGUGCAGCACAACGACUCGCUGAACGUCACCCUGGCCCACCCCGUCCUCUCCCUGCCUCCCCCCAGGUGAAGGGCACCCGUGUCCCCCAACCACUGCCCCCGGUUCCUCGUGCCGCCAGACCUUCCCAGUGAAAACGACUUCUUGGCAACGCCUUAACCUCGGUUGCGGGGCCAAAUCAGAGACACCUGGAGUUGUGGCUGGAAGCAAAGAGCUUUCAUAAGAACAUAAGAACAAGCCAGCUGGAUCAGACCAGAGUCCAUCUAAUCCAGCUCUCUGCUACUGCACACACAGCUCCACCAGGUGUCUUUGGGAGCCUCCACCUUGCAGGAGGUGAAAGCAAUGGCUCAAGGCGGCUAAGCU